AUGAAGGAGAAGUCCAAGAAUGCAGCCAAGACAAGGAGGGAAAAAGAAAAUGGAGAAUUUUAUGAACUGGCCAAGUUGCUACCCCUUCCUUCGGCCAUCACCUCUCAGCUAGACAAGGCAUCCAUCAUUCGGCUCACCACCAGCUACCUAAAAAUGCGAGCAGUCUUUCCAGAAGGUUUGGGAGACGCCUGGGGACAGCCGAGUCAGAUCGGACCUCUGGACAAUGUGGCUAAAGAACUGGGAUCUCACUUGCUGCAGACCUUGGAUGGCUUUGUUUUUGUGGUAGCAUCUGAUGGCAAAAUAAUGUAUAUAUCUGAAACAGCUUCUGUACAUCUAGGCUUAUCUCAGGUGGAACUCACUGGCAAUAGUAUUUACGAGUACAUCCAUCCUUCUGACCAUGAUGAGAUGACAGCUGUUCUUGCUGCUCACCAGCCUCUUCAUCAUCAUCUCUUACAAGAGUAUGAAAUAGAGAGGUCAUUUUUCCUUCGGAUGAAGUGUGUCUUAGCAAAGAGGAAUGCGGGAUUAACAUGCAGUGGCUAUAAGGUCAUUCAUUGCAGCGGCUAUUUGAAGAUAAGACAGUACAUGUUGGACAUGUCCUUGUAUGACUCCUGUUACCAAAUUGUGGGGCUGGUGGCUGUUGGUCAGUCUUUGCCUCCAAGUGCAAUCACAGAGAUCAAACUUCAUAGUAAUAUGUUCAUGUUUAGGGCAAGUUUGGACCUAAAAUUAAUAUUUCUGGAUUCCAGGGUGACUGAACUAACUGGAUAUGAACCACAGGACUUGAUAGAGAAAACCCUCUACCAUCAUGUCCAUGGCUGUGAUAUGUUCUACUUACGCUACGCUCAUCAUCUACUGUUGGUGAAAGGUCAAGUCACAACCAAGUACUACAGACUGCUUUCCAAGCAUGGAGGCUGGGUUUGGGUACAGAGUUAUGCUACCAUUGUGCACAAUAGCCGUUCAUCAAGACCUCACUGCAUCGUGAGUGUCAAUUAUGUUCUCACAGAUAUUGAAUACAAGGAAAUACAGUUGUCAUUGGAUCAGGUCACCUCUUCCAAGUCCCAGUAUUCCUGUAGGACUUCAAUGUCUACCUCGCAAGAACCUAGGAAAAUAGCUAAAUCCAAAAGUAACAAGAUGAAGACAAAAGUCAGAACAAACCCCUACCUACCACAGCAAUACGACUCUUUCCAAAUGGACAAAUCGGAAUGUGGCCAGGUUGGAAAUUGGAGAACAAGUUCCACAACAAAUGCUACAAAUACUCAAGAACAAAACUUUUAUUCAGAAAACAGUGAACUUUUAUAUGCCCCCUCCUAUAGCUUGCCUUUCUCUUACCAUUAUGGACCCUUUCCUAUCGAUUCUCAUGUGUUCAGGAGCAAAAGACAAAUGCUGUCUUCAAAAUUUGGGCAGUCUCAAGGGUCCCCAUGUGAGGUGGCACGUUUUUUCUUGAGCACGUUGCAAACCAGUGGAGAGUGCCAGUGGCACUAUGCCAAUCCCUUAGUUCCUAACAGCCAGUCUCCAGCUAAAAAUCUCCCUGACCAGCCAACGAACAUUACACGGCACAACUUGGCACCCAAUUAUGAAGUGCCCAUAUCGGCCCAAAGAUAUAAUGAAGACGCCAUAUCUGAUAGCUUUACCAGCUGUGCCACAGCCAUCCCUACCAGCCUGCCGAAGAAGGAUGUUUAUGAUUCCAGCAUCUUGAAAUCCAACAAAGUAGAAAGCAGGAUGCAUCCACCCCACCAUCUCAUCAAGGAAGAAAACAAGUUAGCUUUCAACAGGGAUGCACCAGAAAAAAUGAAUGCAAAUGAAAAACCUUCCUUGAACUUUGUGCCAAAUCCCCUAUUGCCUAAAUCAGAAUGUUUCCAGUCCAAGACGCUUGGACAACUAAGCCAUCUUCUACCAGUGCCGGCUUUAUAUGAGCAAACAAGGAUAUAUAUGAAGGAACCUAAGUACGGGCCCAUUGGACACCAUACCCCUCAUUCAGAUCAGUCAGAUGGCAAUAAUAUAACCGUGGCAAAGGUAAACCAUGACUCUGAGAGUGAACACAUGAUGGAUAUGCAGCCCACUGGACAAGUUCCCUUUGUACUUCUAAACUACCACCACCUGUUAUCCAAACAUGGGACAUUCCAGCCAUCCUCAUGCACAGCCACCAGACAUGUAGCUGAAAAUUAUGGAUCUAGUUCAGAAGAGGUAAACACAUUUAUUUCAAAAAACCCAAGUCUGUCCUCAGUCUCACCCCCAGAAACCCACAGGGAAACUGAGCUAUGCCAUUAUAUUGGAACUUCUGUAAUAAUCAAUUCAAGGUGA